UGGUUAUUACAGAUUCACUGUUCCUACCAAUAAACGCCAUAAAGAACCGACAGCUAAAACACUCGACCAGGAAAAAAUACCCAUGGCGGCCUCAUGAUCCACGAUUACUCAAUUUGGACGACACUAGCGUUUUCUACAGAGAUUUAGCUUGGAUCGUCGCCCAUCAUCGACUCAAUUCUGGUUUAACGACUGUGGAUUUUUCGGUUGUGAAAGUCAAGUGAAGGACCGUGUCGAAGAAUCUUUAUCAAACAUGGGUUGUACGCUCAGUGCUGAGGAUAAGGCGGCUGUCGAAAGAAGUAAAAUGAUCGACAAGAAUCUCCGAGCCGAUGGGGAAAGAGCUGCUCGGGAAGUGAAGCUGCUUUUAUUGGGUGCUGGAGAGUCGGGAAAAAGUACUAUUGUAAAGCAGAUGAAAAUUAUACACGAAUCAGGUUACUCAAAAGAUGAGUGUGCGCAGUACAAACAAGUUGUAUACAGCAACACGAUACAGUCUAUGAUUGCCAUCAUAAGAGCAAUGGGAACACUGAAGAUAGACUUUGGAUCUCCGGACAGAGCGGACGAUGCAAGAGAAAUGUUUGCAUUAGCAGGGAGUAUGGAAGACGUCAAAUUCACCCAAGAACUUGUAUCCAUAAUGAGAAGAUUAUGGUCAGACAGCGGCGUGCAAGCAUGCUUCGCAAGGUCGAGAGAGUACCAACUGAAUGACUCGGCAUCAUACUACUUAAACGCUCUAGACCGAUUAGGGUCACCUGAUUAUAUACCAACGGAACAAGAUGUUCUACGAACAAGAGUAAAGACUACAGGCAUAGUCGAAACUCAUUUUACCUUUAAAGACCUUCAUUUCAAGAUGUUUGACGUCGGAGGCCAAAGAUCUGAAAGAAAGAAAUGGAUUCAUUGUUUUGAAGGAGUAACCGCCAUCAUCUUCUGUGUUGCUUUGAGUGCAUACGACUUGGUUCUUGCAGAAGAUGAAGAAAUGAAUCGAAUGAUGGAAAGUAUGAAGCUAUUCGAUUCCAUCUGCAACAACAAGUGGUUUACAGACACUUCCAUCAUAUUGUUUUUGAACAAGAAAGACUUGUUCUCAGAGAAGAUCAUAAAGUCUCCACUAACGAUCUGCUUCCCUGAGUACACAGGGUCUAAUACUUACGAAGAAGCUGCUGCUUACAUCCAGAUGCAGUUCGAGAACCUUAACAAGAGAAAAGACACUAAAGAGAUCUACACACACUUCACAUGUGCUACAGAUACAAAUAACAUCCAGUUUGUAUUUGAUGCCGUCACUGAUGUGAUCAUAAAGAACAAUUUGAAGGACUGUGGUCUCUUUUAAUGAGUUCUACAUGAAUAACGACUCAAAAAGAUAAUGGCAGUUGACAGCAGUUUGUACAAUAAAGUCUCCUGUACAGUCCUAUACAGAUUAUCGAAUAGAAAAUAAUCAACUGUUUUUUAUAAGUAAAAAAAAAUCAUGUCUUUUGUUGAGUUUCGGUCAAACAUUAAGCUCCCUUACCAUUCCAAUUCUGAUCCCCAAACGAUUAUCAACAUUUGCAUCUAUAAGUUGCGCCUGUAAGUUGCUGUCCAACGACUGCCACCCAAGUUCCUAACCAAAGUGAUUGAGAUUGRACUAGAAAAAAAAUGCUGGAAACGUCUAACAGCAUUUCCACAAUGUGAUAUAGAUAUAAAGCCGAGAAACACCCCAUUUAAGUUGAGAUAUAAAAGCUUAUUAAUGUAUAAUAAUGACUGUGCCAUUCCAUGAUCAUCACUAAGUUUUUUCAGUCUUCAAAAGUAAAUCAUAAAGAUGGUUAAAAAAAAGACAGUCAAUGAAUCUGGUCGAGAUUCCUUCCCCCAAGGGGGAGGCUGAUCCAGAAAAAUGUCAGAAGCAGAAAGCUGGAAUGUGAUUUUCGCUUUCCAAAGUACAGCAGGUCAGAGACGUUGUAAUUGCACAAAGAUUCGUUGUCAGGGUUUGAUUGAACAUGCACAGUUCGAUUGUGAGUCGGCAGGGUAUUGUACAAGGUGUUGAAUGCUAGAUGGUAAACUGAUCUUGGUUAUUCACACUUGUUGCUUCUACUAACUGUCUCUACUGUCUAGUGAACAAUGUUCUAUGCAAGACCUUAGAUGUUUUUAACUGCCUUGCAUUCUCAAGGUAUCUAAGAUUGAAAGACCAUCUCAAGAGAUCACAUUAGUUAUAACUAAUCCACACAACACACCAGUUUCGCAUUCAAUGCAUACCUCUGUUUUUAAAGACCACAGACUCCUUUCUUAGCCUCAUUUAUAAUUCAACCAUUCACAGAUACAAUCAAAGUCCGAGAUUUCAAAACAUUGGUAUUGUUCAACUUGCACAUUCUUUACGCUGCAGUUGUCUUUUCAAAAUGCUUUGCUCUUAAAUGAGGCCAAGCCUGUGCAGAGGAGUCUUGAGUAAUAAAACAGUGGUAUUUACCGAAUGAGAAAAGGGACUADCAAUUGUGGCAUCUUAAGAAAACUUACAUCUUAUAAUAAAAGUAACUUCCUAUGGCCUAAUUAGGCUUGCCUCUGUUCAUUGCAAUCGAUCCAAGAAGAUUGCCAUUUCACGAUUCUAACUACAAUAGAUUGUAUUAGUAAGUGAUGUAGAUGUUAACAUUCAUGCUGGCCAAAGGUGAUUUUGCCCGUAAAGGAAUAUUAAAAUAUGAUUUUAAUGUGCCCA